AGGAACUGCACCAGCGACACCCUAUAGUGCCUUUGUUAAGAUCUCCCCACUUCGGACAAUGAGAUCCUGAUAUUUCUUCUCAUGGCAUGUUUCAGAGCCAUCUGCCAAGGUACCAUGGGAAGCUUGCCCAGCAGAAAGAGAAGAACCCAAAACCCAAGUCUCUCUUUUCCUCUUCUAGGGCUCUUAACCGGUCCUGUUUCUCCAGACAGAAGCAAGGAUAUGGCUGUGGCCUUGGACAGUUUCCCAGCUGGGGAGCAGGGGAAGCUGGUGCUGAAACUUGGGGAGCCACUGACCAUCAUCUCUGACAAUGGAGAAUGGUGGAGAGUUAUGUCUGAAGCCACCAGUGAAGAGUACAUUAUUCCCAGCAGCCACGUGGCCAGAAUCUCUCAAGGGUGGCUCUAUGAAGGCCUGAAUCGAGAGAAAGCAGAGGAUCUCCUGCUGCUCCCCAGCAACCAUGGAGGAUCCUUCCUGAUCCGGGAGAGUCAGACCAGGAAAGGUGCUUACUCCCUGUCAGUGAGGCUGAGCCGCCCUACUUCUCGGGAUGUGGUCAGGCACUACAGGAUUCAUCGCCUGGAGAACGGCUGGCUCUACAUCUCUCCCCGGUUCACUUUCCCUUCGCUCCAGGCCCUGGUGGAACAUUACACAGAGAUGGCAGAUGAUCUCUGCUCUCUGCUGGUAGAGCCCUGUGCCUUUCCACGAGCGGGCCUGCUUCCUGGGAGGAACAUCCCACCACCAGUGUCUGUCCAGAGACCAACUCUCAACUGGAAGGAAGUAGACAGCUCGCUCUUGUUUUCAGAGGUAUCUUCCUCAGGUGACAUGUGCCCCAUUAGUGUGGGGCUUCGAGAGGCGAUUGGCACCUAUAUCAGCAUGACUGAGGACCCAUCAUUGGACAUCAAUGGCCAGGGGAGAGUCAAGAAGGGGAAUUAGGGC